UGCUGAAGCGCUCCGACCGGUUGAGCGUGUCCACGACGGCCGCGAUCUCCGGGUCCACUCCCCCUGCGCGGCUCCGGUCGCUGCCGGGCCGCAGGCGCUGCUCCUUCCGCUCGCGGAACCUGUCCAUGGCGGGGCUGGAGGCGGUUACCGGGGAGACCGUUCGCGCGCCGCCAAGCGAACGUUAACGGCCACAGCACGAGCUCCAGGGACGGCGGCCUCCGGGGGACAUGCGCAGAGCGCGACCGGCACUUCCGGUGGUCGUUGUCUUUCCAAUCGCCUCGUGUUUAUUUAACUCCCGACGCGGAGUCCGGUUAUAUGUUGCUGCUGUCGCCGUCACCGUACAAAUGAGCUUCUCGAAAACCAUUAUCAUGACGUCUAGAACAUCAGCUGCAUCCUUCAUGCGUGCUGUGCGGGUCUAUAAAUUUGGUGGACCAUCAGAGCUCAAGCUGGAAUUGGAUAUUCCCAUACCUAGCCCAAGUGAAAAUCAGGUUCUAAUCAAAAUCUAUGCUUGCGGAGUAAAUCCAGUUGAAACUUACAUGCGUGCUGGAACCUAUCCUAGGAAACCACCCCUGCCCUGGACACCUGGAAAUGAUGUUGCGGGAGUUGUGGAACAAGUGGGACAAUUUGUCAGCAAAUUUAAGAAAGGGGACCGUGUUUUCACAUGUGGAACCAUCACUGGUGGAUAUGCCGAAUAUACAGUUGCUUCAGAUGACAGAGUUUAUCCCUUGCCAGAAAACCUUAGCUACAAGCAAGGAUCAGCUAUUGGAAUUCCUUACUUCACUGCAUAUCGAGCGCUCUUCCACAAAGCCCAUGUGAAGGCUGCAGAAACUGUUUUAAUUCAUGGAGCAAGUGGAGGGGUUGGGAUAGCAGCCUGCCAGAUUGCCAGAGCCUAUGGCCUGAAGGUUCUCGGGACAGCUGGGACUCAGGAAGGACUUAGUCUGGUUCAAAAGAAUGGAGCUCACAAGACUUUCAACCACAGGGAGACUGGCUACGUUGAUAAGAUCAAGGAUUACACUAAUGGUCAAGGAGUGGAUGUGAUCAUUGAAAUGUUGUCCAAUGUGAAUCUGAGCAAUGAUCUACAACUGCUUGCAACUGGUGGGCGAGUGGCUAUUGUAGGCUGCAGAGGUAGCAUUGAGAUAAAUCCCAGGGAUAUCAUGCCUAAGGAGUCCAGCAUCAUUGGGGUUGCAUUCGGCACAAUAACUGAGGAAGAUCGAUUGGAGUCAGCAGCUGCAUUCUUUGCAGGAAUGGAGAUGGGCUGGCUGAAGCCAGUGGUGGGACCAGAAUACACGCUGGAGAAUGUGGCUCAGGCUCAUGAGGACAUCAUUAAGGGUCCUGGAACAAUGGGCAAGAUGAUUCUUGCAAUAUAAGAUGCAGGAACAAAAGUCUACCAUUGAACCUGAUGAGACUGCUGCAAUGAGAUCAUGGCUGAUCUGAUAAUCCUCAUCUCCACUUUCCUGCCUUUUCCCUAUAACACUUGAUUCCCUUCCUGAUUAAAAUUCUGUCUGUCUCCACCUUGAAUAUAAUUCGUAACCCAGCCUCAACAGCGCUGUGUAUUAAAGAAUUCCACAGAUUGACUAUCUUCUCAUAGAAAUUCCUCUUUAUCUCUGCCUUAAAUGGGCCACCCUUAUUCUGAGAUUAUGCCAUCUCAUCCUAGACUCUCCCACGAGGGGAAACAACAUCUUCCAUUUAUCUUGUCAAGCUGCCUGGAAUCCAGAAACAGUAUCCUUCUGCCCCACUCCAAGGGCCCCACUAACUGAAACCCAUUCCACCACACUGAUCAUCAAGCCACACAUUUCACAUCUUGACUAUAUUUACACAAUGCUAGGUUGCGAAUACCUCAGGUAGUAAUCCUGAUAUUAUUAGCUUGGAGAUUCUAUUUUUUGAUUUAGCUCCUAACUGUUAAAAGUCUUUUAGCAAAAACUCCUUUCUAGUCAUGUCAAUGUUGUUAGUACCAAUGUAGAUGUACAACAACCGGGUCCCUCCCCUCCCAGGCCAACUUCCUUUCUAGCUCUGAGGAUAUUAUCCUUAACCCUGGCACUUCAGGAAUCAUGCUAACAGCUGAAGGGGACAGUAUAUAUCCCCUAAAGAUACUGUCCCCUAUCACUACUACCUCCCUGUGUCAUCUCCCCACAAGAGGCUCACUCUAGCAUGUGGUAUGGUCAGGUUACUAAUCUUCUCUGCAGUCUCCACUUCCAUCCAUACAGCUUGCAAGAACCUCACCUUUUGGACAAUUGCAGGUGAGAGGCUUGUUGACAGGUGCUCCAAGCCUUCAAGCCUGUUCCAUCAUUCAGUAAGAUCAUGGCCGAUCUGAUUUUAACUUCAUCCCCUCAAUAAUUAUUCAUUCCCUUGGUCAUCAAGAAUCUAAUUACCACUGCAUAAAAAUAUCUAAAGAUUCUACAUCCGUUAUCAAUGAAGAAGAAAGGAAUUGCAUAGACUGACAACCUCGCUAAGGAACUGUCCUUCCCCUUGUCUCUGUCUCAAAUGGGCAACCCCUUAUUUUUAAACAAUGACCCCUAGUUCUAGAUUCUCCCACGACAGGAAACACUUAGUCAAAACCUCUCUGAGCUUGCAUGCUUCAAUUAAGUCAUCUCUGAUUUUUCUAAACCCCAGAGACUACAUGCCUAACCUGUCUUGCCUUUCCUCAUAAGGCAGUCGGCUCAUUCCAGGUGUUGUUCUAGCCUUCUCUGAACUGCUUCCACUGCAUAAACAACCUUCCAUAAGUAUGGUAACCAGUCAUGUACGCAAUACUCCAAAUGCAGUCUUACCAACGUCCUGUUUAACUGAGGUAUAACCCCCCAACUCUUGCACUCAUUUUCCUUCCCAAUAAACCAAAAUGUUACAUUAGCUUAAAGAGAUAACAAGGCGUAGAGCUGGAUGAACACAGCAGGCCAAGCAGCAUCAGAGGAGCAGGAACGCUGCCGUUUCGGGCCUAGACCCUUCUUUAGUUUUUUCUGCAGAGGGUCUAGGCCUGAAAUGGCAGCCUUCCUGGUCCUCUGAUGCUGCUUGGCCUGCUGUGUUCAUCCAGCUCUACAUCUUGUUAUCUCAGAUUCUCCAGCAUCUACAGUUCCCACUAGUUCUGUUACAUUAGCUUUCAUGAUUACUUGCUGACCCUGCAUGCUAAUGCCCUGUGACUCAUGCGCAAGACGUCCUGAUCUCUCACCAUUUAGGUAACAUACAUUUUUGUUCUUUCUGCCAAAAUAGACAAUUUCAUGCUUUCCCACAUUGUGCUCCAUUUUUCAGAUCUUUGCUCACUCACUCACUUAGCCUAUCUAUAUCCCUUUGUUGGCUUCUUAUGUCCUCCUCACAACUAACUUUCCUGUCUGUGUAACAUCAGCAAAUUUAGCUGCCAAACCUUUGAUCCUUUCCUCCAAGUUUUAUAUAUAUAAUUUAAUUACAAAGAGUUGAUGCCCCAGUACUAAUUCCUGUGAUUUGCCAAUAAGAAAUAAAGACUGGAGUUUGGUUCUUGGAAUCUUUCUCAACAGAAAAUAGCCCCCUAAGUUGAAACAUUGUGGAUGUAUAACAGUAAAGUGAAAUAAUAUUUGAAAUAAAAUAUAAUUCUACAUAUAGAAGAAAUUUGAACUCGAGUAACACAGUGACAAUGGCUGUGAAGCUUGUUUGUUGGGUUGAACUGAGGUGGAACACAAAUGAAGUUAAAAGGGGCAGGAUUGUUAAUGACUACCAGACUCUACCAUCUGUUUAUAAAAUGAAAACAAAUCUUGCAAUAAGUGAUGUAGAGAGUCCGUGUUUGCUGCUGGUGUGGUUCCAACAUGGUGUUGUUGUCACUGAAACACGAAAUGACAGCGAAAUGUUAUUAAUCACAUGUUUCAAACAACAUUGAAAUGAUACAGUGGGGCUAAUACUGUAAAGAGAUGCGAGGAUGUUGUUUUGUGAGGCAAUGUCAGCAUCUAGUCACACCUUGAUCUUUAUGUAACACAGAGGAGUUCUGUGCCCUGCUGGCAAACAAUGUAAUAGAGAAUAUAUGCAGUGUUCCUGAUUGUGAUGUAGUGAAACAACAUUAACUAAAUCAAUAUUGAGUGAAGAAUUACUACUGUACUCGGUUUUAGGAUACCACUCUAUUAACUUUCUCACUGUUUGCAAUCACAGCUUUAUCAAUCCCAUACACAUAAGACUCCUGCUCUUCUGUUCCUGUCUGCUCUGAAUCUGGUCUUAGCCCACAUUGGUAUUAGCCAGGCCACAUUUGGUGGAUAUUGAAAUAAAAUGAAUUAUUUUCAGCACCACCUAUUUGUGAAUAUAUUGGAAUAAAUGACUAUUUUUGAAUGAUUUGCAAUUUUUGAUCAUUUCUUAAUAAAAGUGUAUCAAAGA